ACGCCUUGCCGGGCACGCCCCUCAGGCGAGCCCCUGGUUCCGCCGGGCCUGCCGGCCGGGCCUGCCCGCGCCCUCCCGCGGCGGGUACGGUCGAGGCGGGAAAGCGGCCGGCGGCGGCGCGGGGAGGCCCCGGCAGAUGUGGAGCAGGUCCUUUCCUCCAAGCCUGAGCCUGGGACUGACUCAGGAGCAGAUGUGAGGGAGCCCUCUAUUUCUGUGCUCAUGCAGGGAGCAACUCCAGGAUCCUUUUGCAGAAGGAUGAGUAAGUUUUAUUCCCAAAAGCUCAAGAUGUCUCGUGGGCAGUAGGAGUGAGGACUGGAAUUGCAAGGACGUCUUGCACAAGAUUAUAUCCUUAGCAGUCAGUAAGGUGUGAGGACUGUGACACAGAAAAAGAAACGUUAACUUCUUGAAGCUCGCACAGUGAAUUGGCAACGGACCUAGAAGAACAAUUGCAGGUUACACAGUUGCCUCAAAUACACACCGUUGGCUGGAACAGACUAUUCUGCAUCCUUCUGAACAAUGCCAAGAAAAAGAAAGCUGCUGGCUCAGUUAAGUGCUCUCCAAAGCAACUCCAGCUUCCCUCCUUUUGAUGCCUUGGACAACCCGAAUGCUACGCCUGGCGUGGAUUCUUCUCCAAAAAGCAGCAAAUAUUUUGCUAUAGAGAAAAAAACACCUUCCCAGCUAGAAGCAGAUUUUUUCAACCAGCCCUGUGUUAGUCUGGCCAAAGCCUUUCUGGGACAGAUUUUAGUUCGCAAACUUCCUGAUGGCAGAGAACUCUGGGGGAGGAUUGUUGAAACAGAAGCUUAUCUGGGUGGGGAAGAUGAAGCUUCCCACUCGAAAGGUGGGAAGCAAACUCAACGAAAUGCAGCAAUGUUCAUGAAACCAGGAACUCUGUACGUGUAUCAGAUCUACGGCAUUUAUUUCUGCGUGAAUGUUUCCAGCCAAGGCGAAGGGGCUGCGGUGUUACUUCGCUCUUUGGAACCUCUUCAAGGUUUAGAUGCGAUGCGUGAGCUGCGCAGCGCGUCAAGGAAGGGAGCCACAAAGGUGCUGAAGGACUGGCAGCUGUGCAACGGGCCCUCCAAGCUCUGCCAGGCGUUUGGCAUUGAUAAGGCUUUUGACCAAAGGGACCUGACUCAGGAUGCGGCCAUCUGGAUGGUACCUGGACAUGACCCACCAGGGGAGCAAGACGUGGUGACCACAACAAGGAUUGGUAUCGGCAACAGGGGAGAGUGGGCACAGAAACCCCUCAGGUUUUAUUUACGAGGAAACAAAUUUGUGAGUGUUGUAGACAAGAAAACAGAGAAAGAGAUGGCAGCAAUGGGACAGGUCUCCUGCAGCUGACGAGUCUUGCAAGUGUGCCACCAGCCGGGACCUGAGCUGUGCUCUGUAUGACAGCCUCAGGUGGCUUGGAGGAUUUUAACAAUAAACGUACUUUAUCACAACGAA